AUGUGCAGAAACAAAGAUGCAUGUGCUUAUGAAUUGGGAGAAUUGGAUGAAUCCCUUUUCUUGUACUUGGAUGGCCAAGAUCAGUCAAUUCAAGAUCAAAGUCAGAAUUUGGGUACCAUGAGACCACACACACUCAACAUUUUCCCUUCUGAGCCCAUGCAUGUUGAGCCGUCAUCAAAGGCAAAUGCUGGAUUCGUUUCGCCAAGUGGCUCCAACGGACAAUCUGAGCCGUCCCGUGAGGGAAACCGAAAAGGGCCGGCCUCAAGUUCAGAACAAGGGCCAAAAGCCACAGAUUCUAAGGCUUAUGUUCAGCAGCUAGAAUCUAGUAGAAUGAGGCUGACUCAGUUGGAACAAGAAAUACAAAGAGCAACAUCCCAAGGAUAUUAUCAGGGAGUAGCUGGUGAUCAAGGUGCUACUUUUGCUAUGGGAAACAUAACUUCAGAUGCUGCUUUGUUUGAGAUCGAGUAUGCCCGGUGGCUGGAGGAGCACCACCACUUGAUGGCAGAACUCCGGCGCGCGGUGCAAGCCAACCUGCCGGAAAACGAGCUUCGGAUUUUUGUGGACCGUUUGUUGGACCACUAUGAACAUGUGAUGAACCUUAAGAGCAUGAUUGCGAAAUCCGAUGUCUUCCACCUAUUUUCCGGCAUGUGGAAGACUCCGGUCGAGAGGUGCUUCAUGUGGAUGGGCGGUUUCCGGCCAUCUGAGCUUAUUAAGAUAAUCUCAAGAGAAAUCGAGCCAAUAAUCGAGCAACAAAUGGUGGGGAUUUACAACCUACAGCAAUCCACACGGGAAGCAGAAGAAGCCCUGUCUCAGGGCCUCCAAGCCCUCAAGCAAUCACUCACACAGACCAUAGUCUCAGGCUCUCUCAACAGUAUCAUCCCAUCGAACACGAAUGAUCGUAUGGCCCUAGCCCUCAACAAGCUCUCGACCCUCGAGGAUUUCGCUCAACAGGGUGAUAAUCUGAGGCAACAAACCCUACACCGAUUGAACGAAAUUCUGACGACCCGCCAGGCGGCACGGUGUUUUCUGGCUAUCGGAGAAUACUUUCACCGCCUGCAAGCCCUCAGCUCCCUCUGGCUAGCCCGCCCUCGACCAGGAUAA